AGGAAGUCAACAACGUCAAGGAUGCUGUCCAGCCAAAAUAUCCCGUGCAAGGAUGUCACCCCCUGCUGAGAUGCAACCACAGGGUAAACAAAAUCAAGUGGUGUGUUUUUCCACGUUGUUUGUUAGCGACCGAGCUCUGUACGGACUGCCCACACCCCUGGGCUGCUUGGCACGUACUCCUCCCACCCUGUGACCGUAUAAAUAUCCCUCUCUCAGCAGGGCUGGGAUACAGACUGCACUGACCUGGAAGGUAGCAGAAUCAUUUUCAGGGGUAGAAACUUUAAAAAACCUGCAGAAUGUUGCUCCAAGCGGCUCUUCUGGGUCUGUCCUUCCUCACGUUGGUCAGUCAACUCCAGGCUGAAGACCAGGCAUCCCUGCGUCGCGCUAACGAUGCUGCGGGACGUUGCCAGUACACCUUCACCGUCACCAGCCCAGAGGAGUCGGGUUGCAGCGGGAGAGCCGAGACGGAAGGAGUUCUGUCCCGGCUCACCUUGCUGGAGGCUCUGGUCAGCCGCCUGAUCGCGAGGAGAGAGACGGGAGCUGAUGUUGAGGUGGGCUUCCAGGAAGGUUUUUCCCAGCUGACAGGGGAAAGAAACCAGCUGCGCCAAGACAAGGACCGUCUGAAGAGGCAGGUCCAGGACCUCCAGGCGAGGGUGAGAGAGCUCAGUCAGGAGACAGACGGCCUCAGGCAGAGCUGCAAAAAGACAAACACCUCAGCGGACCUGCGCAGUCACCAAGGACUGUCCGGUGACCGUGGGCAUGGUUUUAGUAAUGGUGCCUACCAGGAGAUGAAGGCUGAGGUCACAGAGGUCCCAGCAUCCCGCCUCCUUCCUGGUGGAAAUGUCUCGGGUAAGUUGACGCCCUCGGAUACUUCAAACCCAAAGUACCACGUUGCAAAAAUGUGCCUUCCUUCAGGUUGUGGUGAGGUGUUGUCGGUGGGAGAUCCGGUGUUGCAUAGGAAGGCCGACGGUAUCACAGGGAAGUACGGAGUGUGGCUCCAGGAUCCUGAGCCCCGAGGCACGCAGUACACCAACAAGACGGUGUGGCGUAUCGACACGGUGGGCAAAGAUGUCCGUCAGCUGUUUGCGUAUGAAGACAUGGACCAGUUUUCUCAUGGUUUCCCCAUGAAAGUGUUUGUCCUGCCGGAACCCGUGGAGAGCACGGGUGCAACCAUGUACCGCGGCUCGCUCUACUACCAGCGCAAACGCAGCCGUACUCUCAUCCGCUAUGACGUGGCCUCCGAGAGCCUGGCAUCACGCCGGGAACUACCUCACGCAGGUUUCCACGGCCAGUACCCCUACUCCUGGGGCGGCUACACCGACAUCGACCUGGCGGUGGACGAGCGGGCUCUGUGGGCCAUCUACAGCACCAGCAAAGCCAAAGGCAGCAUUGUGCUCUCCCAGCUGGACCCUGAGAGCCUGGAGGUGAAGAAGAGCUGGGAGACCAACAUCAGGAAGAACGCGGCGGCCAACGCCUUCAUGGCAUGUGGUCGUCUGUACACGGUGGCCAGCUACACCGCCGCCAACACCACCCUCAACCACGUCUACGACACUGCCACCCGGGCCAGCCGGGCCAUCUCGGUGGCGUUGAAGAACCAGUACGGUUACAACAGCAUGGUGGACUACAACCACCAGCAGAGGAAGCUGUUUGCCUGGGACAACUUCCACAUGGUCACCUACCACCUGCGACUGGGCAACUGAACAGCAAAGUCAUGUGGAUUUCAAAAUAAAAGGCAUCAUAAUCAGCAGUUAAGAUGCAGGUCCUUUUACCGCCUAGCAUUGGCUUGCUCUCUCUGUUGCCAUGACGACGCACCGCCCCCAUGGUUAUUGUGCAGAACUGGAAUCUGUUUUUUUCUAAUACUGCUCGCUGUAAAUAGAUUGUACUUGUAAAGCAGACACUAUCAGUCCUAAUAAAC